AUGGUCUCAGCCUCCACUCCUGUGAACUGUGGGAUCAACCAUUAUACCAUUAGCCUUGUGUUUAAGUCACUCUACUUUGUUUUGUGUGUCCCUGCCCUACUGCUCAACAUCAUGGCAGCCUGGAUCUCCUGGAAGCUGAAGAACAAGUCCUCCUUCAUCGUGUACCUGAAGAACCUUGUUGGGGCCGACCUUCUGAUGACUUUUCUCAUUCUAUUGAGGGCCGAUGCUGGCUCUCCUGGGUCAAGAUGGGGACUAAAGGCGUUUAACUGCCAGUUUGGCAGUGUGCUAUUCUACCUCUGCAUGUACGUCAGCAUUGUCCUGAUGGGAGUCAUCAGCCUGGACCGCUUCUUCAAGAUCGUCCAGCCGGGUGGGAAACUGUUUGGUCAAAGCCCCCUGUUUGGCAAGGUGGUCUCCGCAGCCAUCUGGGUGGUUCUACUCAGCACAAUCUCCAUACCUGCAAUGGUUCUAACCAACGAAAAACCUAAAAACACCACCACAGAGUUUUGCAUGGCAAUGAAGAGUGACUUGGGGAAACGGUACCACGAAGGGGUUAUUUUGGUGAGCACUGUGAUUUUCUUUGUGGUUCUAGUUGUCAUUGGAAUCUGCUACACCUGCAUUGCAAAGAAAGUCAUUGAAUCCUACCGAAACUCUGGCAGCAGGAACACAGAGGGAAAGCGGAGGGUCAAAGCCAAGGUGUUCAUUGUUCUCGUGGUGUUUCUGGUGUGCUUCGCUCCCUACCACAUCGCACGUCCGUUUUACCUUCAGCAGCAGGUGAUAGACAAGAAUGACUGCCGCUGGGCCUACCUUAGGGUCGUGAAUAGCAUCACCCUGUUUAUUGCUACGUCGAAUGUCUGUCUGGAUCCUCUCAUUUAUGUCUUGCUGUGUAAAGCCUUUCGUCAGAAACUGUAUGAGUUCAGGAUGUUCCGGCUCUGCUUAAGCUCUGUAUCUGAGGUCAGUGGGGAGGAGCAGAGGACUUCUGGUCUUCAGCUCACUCCAGUGAUGGAGUCCCCAAAGUGA